ACUGGUUUUCUUUCCAGCAAGCAAGCAAGCAUGUAUUCCACACCUUGCCUGGAAUCCCAAAUCCUAUAAACCCUAAAUUCACAAUCACAACCCCACUUUCACAAUAUACCUUACUAGAAAAAAAGAACCCCUCUUACGUUCAUUGUUUCACUGUCAUUCCUUUGAACACCUUAGAUUAUCUUGACUCCAAGUCAUUAAUACAACCUUAAUUAGAUUCUUAAGGUUUAGUGAUUCUUCCUACGUUUUAAGCGGUUGCGAGCACUGUCAGAGAAAAGAAAAGGAUCAAACUUUUUGUUUCCUUUUUCUUUUCUGUGUGUAGUUUUGUUACCUGGCUAUUAUGCAUAGAUCUGGAGCAACGAUGGCCUGGAACGUCUUCAAGUUUUGUACAGCUCUGAGGGGUCUGGGAUCGAUUAUGAUCCUGUUGGUUUUAGGGGUCGUGGGUGUCUCAUACUACUCUGUCGUUUUGACCAAUUUCGGCCCUGCUUUGUACGAUGGUGGCCUUGAUUCCCUUACUGCUGUUGUCGUCUUGAUCUUAUUUCAUUGUUUGUUGGUGAUGCUGUUAUGGAGUUACUUUUCUGUUGUUUUGACUGAUCCGGGAAGCAUACCAGCUAACUGGAGGCCAGCUUUAGAUGAGGAGAGAGGGGAGGCUGACCCAUUGAAUGGUUCAGAGUUCAAUGUAAACCCAUCAAAUCAAAGAAUUCGAUAUUGUCGCAAGUGCAACCAGCUGAAACCACCUCGCUGCCAUCAUUGUUCUGUUUGUGGGCGGUGUGUGCUAAAGAUGGACCAUCAUUGCGUGUGGGUUGUCAAUUGUGUUGGUGCAUUAAAUUACAAGUAUUUCCUUCUUUUCUUGUUUUACACAUUCCUCGAAACUAGUCUUGUGACUUUGGCCUUAUUGCCUCAUUUCAUAGCAUUCUUUAGUGAUGUAGAAAUUCCAGGAACCCCUGGAACCUUGGCUACCACUUUCCUUUCCUUUGUUUUGAAUCUGGCAUUUGCAUUGAGUGUCUUGGGCUUUUUGAUCAUGCACAUAUCUUUGGUGGCCGCUAAUACGACUACUAUUGAGGCCUAUGAGAAGAAAACCACUCCAAAAUGGCGUUAUGACCUUGGUCGGAAGAAAAAUUUUGAACAGGUGUUUGGAACAGACAAGCGAUACUGGUUCAUUCCAGCAUAUUCGGAUGAGGAUUUACGACGGAUGCCAGCACUGCAGGGCCUUGAAUAUCCAUCAAAGCCUGAUUUUGAUUCGCAGGAGUUCUAAAAGGUUGAUAUAAUAGGAACAAUAAAAACCUCCUCCGUGCCAAACAAUUUGGAGAAUUUUCUUACCAAUUAUCAAUACGGAAGGCUUGUGCAGCAUAGUUCCACUUGCCUUGUAUUCUAACAGGUACAUUACUGUGAGGCCGGUUUCGCCUUCUAACUGUUUAUCAGGCAUCUUCAUGUAGAAAUAGCAAUAGAGAGAGAGAGAGAGAGAGAGAGAGAGAGAAUAUCGGGGAAAGCAGCCAUUGUUGUGAAAAUGGUGAUGGGGGACUGACAAGUUUAAUUUUGAUUUUUAUAUAAUUGCAUUAUGUUUUAUAUUUUCGGAAAUCCAAUGUAACAUUUCACUUUGCAAUAUUAAUUUACUUCUUGUAGAUUCUGGUA